AUGGAUUUUGCUGAGUUGGUUCCGAUGUCGGUCUCUUCUCCUCUUCCUGUCGCUAUUUCCGAUCCUAAUGGUAUUCAACAACUCAAGGCUGAUGACUCCUAUGUCCUAGCCGAUCUCCAUAACUGUGCUGAAACGCAGGACCAGAAUCCAGCCAAUGUUUUUUCUUACGCUGAUGUUGUGCUCGAAGGCUUGGAUUGCGAAAAACCAUCAACUUCGUGGUGUAAAACAGACGCACACUUGGAUAGGCUUUACGAGAAUGGCGUGUAUGAAUACCGUGCUUUCGAAGAAGAUGAAGAUAUUAAGAAGUUCUAUUACAUGACGGAGGAUUCGUAUGAGGAUGUCAUUUCACAGCUCGAGGAAGAAAUUCAAAGAGAAGAGAAUGAAGCACAAGAGAAGGCAACGGACGCAGAAAAAAUGAUAAAGGAGAUGGAAAAAAGUGCCAAAGAUUUCGUCCAUGUUCGUGAAUUGAUGAAGAAACGGGACAGACACAGUAAGGUUGCGAGUGAAAGGAGAGAGGAAAAAAAUCGUCUCAUAGAAUUGAAAAGGGAACUAGCAAUGGCUAACAAGAACACCACUCUCUUUUGCUGCUUUGUGUGCAGUAAAGUUUUCCUUGAUGAAGAAGAAAUGCGCAAGCAUAUUUCGCAGAAGCAUUUAGCUGUGAAGAAGGAAUACAAAUAUAAAUGUCCAUUGUGCUACCGCGUAUUCAGCAAACAGCACUAUCUUCGUAGACACAGUGAGACUCACAAAGAAGCUGCAGUUUCGUGUUCAAUUUGUAAGCAGUCGUUCAGAGAGACGGUAUCGCUGAAAAUCCAUAUGAGCAAAGUGCAUGAUCAGUCAAUGGAUGGCAAAAAGAUUGAUAAAACACAUGAAUGCAAAAAGUGUGGUCAAAAAUUCGGAAUAGUCGAGGAAGUGGAGCGGCAUAAAUAUUAUUGUGAAGCAAGAGAGAAAAUUGCUGAAAAGCGACGACAGGCACGCCAGGAAAUUGAUGCGAUGUCUUCGGUUUCUUCGAUGAGCGGUCGUUCUGGUUCUGUUAUCUCUUCCUCUUCGGGUGCUGCAAGCACUGUCAGCAUAGGAAGCCCUUACGGUCGUCCUGUCAAAGAUAAGUCGUGCCCUUUCUGUUUUUUGGUUUGUGCGUCAAUGCAGGCGAGAAGAAAGCACAUCGGGAGAAAACAUCCCGAAAAACUGGAUGAUCCCAGAGUGAACGACCACGGUUACGUGAAAGUUGUUUCCGCUGCUUUGCCAUACGCAUGCGAUAUUUGCUCAAAAUCUUUUGCAAGCCAUGCCUCUUUGAGCACCCAUAAGAAACGGAUCCACGAAAAUGUGAAGAGGCACGAGUGUUCCACGUGUGGAAGAAGUUACCCCUUGCCAAGUGAGCUACGAAAACACAUCAAGCGAGUGCACGAAAAUGAGUUAGAUUACCUGGCAUCCCAGAAAAUGCCGGCUUCUGAAGCACCAUGA